AAGGGAGACCUGCUGCUCUUGCGGGGAGGACGUUGGCACUUUCCCACGUGUCCUGCCCACCAGGAUCCAAUGCUAAUGAAGCAACAUGACCGGUCGUGUAAGCCGGAGGGAGCAGGAUCGGACACAGCUGUCUAUUAUAUAUAGGAGAGCUCUGUACACAUGGCCCCAAAGCAAUUUCAGUUUGUCUUCCAGGUUGAUAUUUGAUAUACGGCGAGCGGACAUCUCCAGAAUGAGACCGGCACUGCUGUUAGUGCUGGCCACCGUGGCGGUUUUCUGCCACUCGGCUACAGCUUCGCUUUGUCCGGAGAUCCAGAACGUGGCCACGAAGCUGCUCAGUGGGUCUGUUGAGGAGUACAUGGAGGCCGUGUCUCCAUACGCCACAACGCCCGUCAUGAAAGCAGCUGAGCUCCAGUUAAAGCAAUGCGUGCAGGAGUCGGUCAAAAAUAAAGAACAUCUUGCCUUUUUAGUGUCUCGCAUACUUGCCGAAUGCUGAAGGCACCAUAAUUCCAGGGAUCCCCUAGGAGCUGGGAGGACAUUAAACAUCAGCUGACACCUGCCAAUACCCACCUGCCGACAGCGAAGAACUGCUCACCGAAUCUCUUCAUUUUCUUCUUCUUCUCUCUGAUUAGUGACUAAUCACUAUAAAUUAUCUGCCAACCUCCUAUGAUGCUUUCCUGUUGCUUACACUUUAUGUUUCAAUAAACCAAA